UUUUUACUGAGUACUUACCUUCUAUCUUAGAACAUACUGCUUAGAGACAAAGCCAAGAUACAAAUUUAUCUGUAUGUAAUGAUAUAAAGUGCUUAGAAAUAAACCAAAAAAAUGGAAGUAUAAACCAAAUAUUAGUAUUUGUUAUCUGCUAGUGGUAAAAUUAUUGUUGAUAGAUUUGGACCUGCUUAUUUAUUAGACAUACAAAUGAAGGUGGCAAAUAGCUAUUUCAACCUUUCUGUUUAAAACUUAUUUUGGCUUUCUUUGUUGCUCCUCUGUGGAAUAUUUCAAAGAAAAUUUUAGAGUCAGUCUGAACAAAAGGAACUGGGUCAUUAGAGAGUGGUCUCUAAGCAGGGUCUUAAGCUGCGCUUUCAAACUCAACUUUCUUCUUCUUUCAGUUUUAUGGACAGACACUGAGACCAGGGCACCUGUGCCAUGGACACCUCUAUCAACAGUUUCAGCCCUCAGGUUUCCCAGUUCAUCCUGAUGGGUCUCCCAGGCAUUCACAAUUGGCAGCACUGGCUCGCCCUGCCCCUGGCUCUACUCUACCUCUUAGUUCUUGGUGCCAAUCUCCUCAUCAUGAUCACCAUCCAACAUGAGCCCAUGCUACAUGAGCCCGUGUACCAUUUUCUGGGAAUAUUGGCAGUGGUAGAUAUUGGUCUGGCCACCACUAUCAUGCCCAAGAUUCUGGCCAUCUUCUGGUUUGAUGCUAAGGCCAUCAGCCUCCCUGAGUGUUUUGUUCAAAUCUAUGCCAUCCACUGCUUCUUGAGCAUGGAAUCUGGCAUCUUCCUCUGCAUGGCAGUGGACAGAUACAUAGCCAUCUGUCACCCGCUCCGAUACCCCUCCAUAGUUACUGAAGCUUUUGUGGUCAAAGUCACAGGAUUCAUGGUGCUCAGGAAUGGCCUGUUGACCAUCCCAGUGCCUGUCCUGGCUGCUCAGCGACACUACUGCUCCAGGAAUGAGAUUGAGCACUGCCUCUGCUCUAACUUGGGAGUUAUCAGCCUAGCUUGUGAUGACGUCACUGUGAACAAAUUUUAUCAACUGGUCUUAGCAUGGAUCCUGCUUGGGAGUGAUAUGGCUCUGGUGUUUUCUUCCAAUGCUCUAAUCCUCCGCUCUGUGCUGAGGCUGAACUCAGCAGAAGCAAUGUCCAAAGCUCUGAACACCUGCAACUCCCACCUCAUCCUCAUCCUCUUCUUCUACUCAAUUAUCGUUGUGCUGUCUGUCACACAUCUAGCAGAGAAAAAGUUUCCCCUCAUCCCUGUACUCCUUAACGUGCUGCACAAUGUCAUCCCUCCUGCACUCAACCCCCUGGUAUAUGCACUCAGGACGCAGGAGCUCAGGCUGGGCUUCCAGAGACUACUUAGGCUGGGUGAAGAUGGGUCCACCAAGUAA